AGACUGCCUCGUUGGUCGAGUGGCCGCAAAUGCGACUACCAGAAAAGGGGUCUCGGGUUCGAUUCCCGGGUCGAGCAAAAUAUUACUGAGUUUUUUUCGGUUUUACGAAAAUUUCUCACGGAAACUGGAAUUGUGACCAGUAUAUGGCAAUAAGCUCACCCCCUAUUAUAUGGAACUUAUAACACAAAUGGUGAAAAGUGGGUGUACAUUGUAUAGUGGCAUUACGUGCACCUCUGCCUAUCCAUUCGGGAAUAUAAGGCGUGUCGUUGCAUAAUAUUAACAAGAAACGUUUGAUGACAAGUGUCAUAACAGUCACAAGAGCUGCCAAAGUAGGUCUGGUGCCUACUCCAGAACUGAGAACCACAUGAUAUUUUCAUCAGAAAGAAAACAUGCAUAAUAUGUUUUUCUUUCCAUCAAUGAAAAUUAAAAUAGGGAAAACCGCGACUGAAACUCUAGUAAUAAAAUAGGUACAUGAAUGACGGUGCAUGUGGUGAACUUAUCAAUCAAUCAAUCACAAUAUUUCUAGUCUUAUCGAUUUACUACUUGUGAUCAUGACUAUAACAAUAUUUUAGUAUAAAUGUUCCUGUUUGUGAUACUAAACGUAUCAGUGGUUUAGCAACGUUCGUUAGACGAUCUAGAACUUGAAAGUGUACCUACUUUAUUCUAUAUCUACUAAAGUAAUCAUGCCGAAAUACGUAUUCCACUACUUUCCGAUAAAGGCUUUAGGCGAGUCGGUUCGAUUACUGCUGGCAUAUGGCGGCGAGGGGUUCGAAGACCAUCGGAUCGAUUUCGAAGACUGGCCGGCUUUUAAACCAAAUACUCCCUUUGGACAGAUGCCAGUUCUAGAGUUUGAUGGCAAGCAGUACGCUCAGAGUCUAGCCAUAGCUCGGUACUUGGGCCACAAGUACGGUCUGGCUGGAGAGACCCUCGAGGAUAACCUGGAGAUCGACCAGAACGUCUACCUCAUCAAUGAUCUGCGUACCAUGGGAUCGUCAGCAUGUUACGAAAAGGACGAAGUCAUUAAGGAGCAGAAAUAUAAAGAAUACUCCGCGGGAGCCUUCCCAGACUAUCUACAAAAACUAAACAACAUCAUCGUUAAGAAUAAUGGUUACGUCGCUCUAGGAAAGCUGACAUGGGCUGACUUCAUGUUCGCGGGUCUGUAUGACCAUAUGAAGGGAAUGAUGCGCAUGCCUGAUCUUGGAGAGAACUACCCAGCCUUGCAGCAGGUUAAGGACAGAGUAUACUCCUUUCCUAAAGUCAAGGCUUACGCUGAUGCCGUAGCUGCUAAGUUAAACUCGUAGUUUUAGGAUUAAAAGUCUGGGUUCUUGAGAUUGUAUAAUAUAUUUAGUUAAGUAAAAAGAUUGUGCAAGAAAAGUUAAGUUAAGCAAGCCACAGAAAGAAAUAUUUUUUUAAUAAAAGAAAAGGGACAGUGUUUAAAAAAUGUGAUUAAGUAUAAAAAUACUUAAUUUAAGCAUAGGUACUAUUAGUUAAGACAA